UCAUAAUGAAUUUGUACUUCCGCAUCCUGUAGAAAAAAAAACUGUCAAAGUAGACUGGUUUUCUUUACCCUUUUUUUCUUUCUUACAUUAAACAUGGCUGCAAGGCAAUUGUCAAAGCGUCUAUUGACAACAAAACGGUAUUAUACCACCAAGCCUGAAAAGGCCAUCUUCAUGACUCAAGAUCAACUUGAAUCGCUAGGAAUAGUUGAUUUAGAAGAUCAAAGUGAGUUACUUGUCAAAGAAAUCAAUGUUUCCAAUGAGCCAUAUACAAGAGGAUCAGAAGAAGCAGAAUUUGGACGCAAACGUAUUGGUUGUGUUCAAUUACCAAAGUCUCUUGUAAACGGCAUCACGGAUUUGAUUGAAGGUCAAGACAAACGUUUGAUCCGAACUGAUGCACUUCGAUUAUACGAUGCCUUGCGAUCCACAGCCAAGAUUCCCAAACCGCUCGAGACAGACUUUGAUGGAUCACGUACAGCCAAAAAGCAACGCAAGCAAAAUAACAAAAAAGAAGCCAUUGAACCUCAUAAACUAUCUUAUGGACCUCGAGAAUCUGUGGCUUAUGCAGCAGGUGCACUGCCCUCUACAUUUGCAGCUAUCACAAAUGUCAUGCAAGAGCUUGCUUUGCGCCUGUCUGACUUCAAACCAAAGUCCAUGCUUGAUUUCGGUACUGGACCAGGCACAGCCAUUUGGGCAGCCAAACAAACAUUUGAAUUGGAGAAAUAUACAGGUGUUGACUUAUCAGAAGACAUGUUGAGAAUAGCAGAACAGCUAGAACUGUCUAUGCGAUCAAGCGAACAUGAGCAACCCAUUGACUUUAAGCGUUAUUUAGCAUUGGAUCCAAAGUCAUCAGGCACUGAUUUAGUUGUCAGCGCAUUUACUUUGGGCGAUAUUGCAUCCACAGCUCUCAUGAAAUCAACAGUAGAACAAUUAUGGGCUCAAACAAAAGAUGUUUUGGUCUUGAUUGAUAGAGGAACACCUAUUGGAUUCUCAAAUAUUGCUAGAGCUAGACAAUGGAUUUUGGAUGCAGAAAAAUCAAAUGUACAUGUAGUUGCACCUUGUUCUCAUGAUAAACCUUGUCCAUUGUUGUUUUCUCCUCAAGCCAAACCAGACGACAUUUGGUGCCACUUUUCACAAAGGGUACAACGUCCUGCCUUCUUGAUGAAAACAAAGCAUUCUAAAUUCAACACAGAAGACUCAAAAUAUGCCUAUGUCAUCUUACGUAGAGGCAGUCGACCUAGUCUAACAAACACAAUACAGGAACAAGCCUAUCAAUGGCCACGAUUGAUUCAGCCCCCUUUGAAAAAGAAUGGACAUGUUGUGAUGGAUGUAUGUUCAACACAAGGAGAAAUUCAACGCAUGACAAUUCCUAAAUCUCAAGGCAAAAUACCCUACCGCGAUGCACGCAAAGCCAUGUGGGGUGAUUUAUUUCCUCAUUCGUCUAAAAACAAGAUUGUAACGCGUGUAUCUCAGGGAGUCGUCGAUUCUCUCCACGAAUGAGAAGCCUACAAGAGUGUCUUAGUUCAUAUAGAUAAAAUAAAAUCCCUUACAGUAACACUGCCCAACAUUUGUGCUCUUAGUUCCUCAAAUUUCGCAUCACUGAGUGGU